AUGGCAGACAAUAACGAGUUCGACCCGGACGAUUUAUUUGCUUACAGCGACGAAGACGACGACGAGAUGGGCAAUGCAGUGGCAGACGACAACCCUCUCUCCAAUGCCCAAAUGAAAGAGGGUGGUGGCCCCGAAGUUUACGUCCCUUUGUGCUCUGAUCUUAAGGCCAACUACCAGGUUCUCAAAAAGCUCGGGGAGGGGAAGCACUUUGUGGUCUUCAGCGUCUGGGACAUCAACGCGCAAAGGAAGCUGGCGAUGAAGAUUCCAAAUGAGCCACUGCCGAGAAAGGGCACGGGAAAGGGGGACCGCAAGGAAUACAACAAGAAGGUCAAAGUACUCGCGAAAGAGGUGGACAAUCUCUUGUCCAUCCAAACGCACAUCAGCGAGGGGGAUGGCGAGAUCUCGCGUCACGACAAAGAGGACGACGUCACGAUGACCGCUGCCGAGAUGGGCGUCGCGGCCGGCAAACCGGUAACCGACAUGAUCAUCGACCAAGAAGUGUAUGGGUAUAUGAUGCACAAGUCAGCCAAGCGCAACUACCGCUUCACCUGGAUGUCGAAAGACGCACGCUGCAACGACGGCACCCAAGUGUCGGCAGCCCACUUCGUCAUGUGCAACGCCGGCACGAUGAUGACCCUUCGGGCGAUGUGCGUCGAGAACAAGGUCAGGAUCCCGGCCGAGUUCGGGGCGAGGUGCAUGGCCCACCUGUUCAAGGCGUGGCAGAGCACCGUCGGCAGCCGUCAGAGGGGCAUCUUCCAGAACGACUACACCGAGGCCAACGUGUUCCUGCACUCGGCCGACUCCCGGCAGUACCCCGACUGCUACCUCGGAGACUUUGGCGACGGCGUCGCUCACGAGUACGCGAGCGUGCGGUGGCGAAUGGAGGUGCUGGAAUACUUCAGGAAGCUCGCCGGCCGCGAGGUGCUGCAGCCGCAGCUCGAGCACGCGAGGACGCUGCCGAGGGACGACGACAGGAAACUCUGGCUCGCGAUCCAGAGCGUGAUGAAGAAGUUCCUCAAGGAGCUGGAGAGGAAGUACAAAGAUGGAGCGGCCGCGGAGCUCGUGGGCCUCGUCGACGCCACCGCGAAGGAGUUUGUGGGCCUGGAGCGCGAGGCGGCGCAGCUCGAGCAGUCGAACGUCCUCAAGGCCCGCUUCCUCGAAAUCGUGCAGCGGCUCAAGGACCCAAAGUGCGACAUUCUGACAUUUCCAACCAGAGCCGCCUGCGUACAAGCGACGAGGGAUGGUGGCCCGCUCUAUGGUUUGCCAGAUAAUUGCCGGCCAAUUCAGCUUCAGGAAUAUGGUAAACUUUAUUGGCUUGACGAUUCCUCCGAAGAAGACUCCGACAAGGUGUAG